AAUCAAUAAUAUAAAUACUAAUAUAGUGUGUGGGCUCAGGCGCAGUGGACGAUUCGCUAUUCAACUGAGAAAUACCCAUCUACUGCUUAAUUUGAUACACAAACAUAAACGUACAAUCGCACGGUUUUGCACUAUGGGAAAGGGACGUUAUCUUCCACUUAAGGUGGAUAAAGUGAGACAUCUGAAGAAACGCGUACCGAAAGUCGAUCCAUGUGUUGUGGAGAUGCAGGCGCUGAUCACGUGCAUGGCUUCGAACGCCAUGAACGAUAAGCAAUGCACCACAGAGACCGCCGCCUAUCUUCACUGCAGCAGGCAGAAGAAUGUCCGACCGCAGACUAUCCGAGAUCUCAACUACAAACUCCGUAAACUGAACACUCCCAAAUAAAGUGUAUCCGUAUUUAGCCCA